AUGGUAAAAAUUAUCAGGUCCAAGUACCACAAGCUGAAGUUUGGGACGGAGGCUCCGGGGGAGAAGCGGCCGGAGGAGCCGGUAUCCAACGGCCCCGUGGAGCUCGAGGGAGCCUGGAAAGAGGGGAGGCAGCUCCUGCGCCAGUCCAAGUACCACAAGCUGAAGUUUGGGACGGAGGCUCCGGGGGAGAAGCGGCCGGAGGAGCCGGUAUCCAACGGCCCCGUGGAGCUCGAGGGAGCCUGGAAAGAGGGGAGGCAGCUCCUGCGCCAGUACCUGGAGGAGGUCGGGUACAGCGACACCAUCCUGGACAUGAGAUCCCGGCGCGUGCGUUCCCUGCUGGGCCGGAACCCCCCGGGAAUUCCGGGAAUUCCGGGAAUUUCGGGAAUUUCGGGAAUUCCGGUGGCUCCCCCCAGCCCUGGGACCCCCCCUUCCCCUCCCCCACCCACGGAGUCGCUGCUGCUCCGGAGAAUCGAGGAGCAAAUCCAGAGGAAUGCCGGGAAGGAGCCGGAUCCGGGCCUGAGCCCCUCCCCCCCUGAGGAAGACAGCGAUGAGGAAGAGGAGCCCGAGGGCCCCUCCCCCACCCCAGGACCCCCCCAAAUCCACAGGAGGGCAAAGGGUGUCCCCAAGGUCCCCGAGGAGGAGGAGGAGGAGGAGGAGGAAGAUGAGGACGAGGACGAGGACGAGGACGAGGAAGACUCCGAGGACGCCCUGGGGGAGUUCGACUUCCUGGGGACACCUGGGGAUACCUUGGGGACACCUGGGGACAUCAGAGGUGAGCCUGGGGACACCUUGGGGACACCUGGGGACAUUUGGGGACAUCAGAGGUGA